AUGACAUAUGGUACAGAUUUGCAUUUGCAGUUUCCUCUAUUGUCCAAGAGCAAUCUCUUACAAAAGCUUGUUUCAAGAGCCAGUGAGGAGAGUUCAAACAAAAUUAAGUUGGCUGAUUUUCCUGGUGGACCAAAAGCAUUUGAAAUGUGUGCUAAAUUCUGUUAUGGAAUGAUAGUUACUCUUAAUCCUUGCAAUGUUGUAGCCGCACAUUGUGCUGCAGAGUAUCUUGAGAUGAUUGAAGAUGUUGAGAGAGGAAACCUGAUUUUCAAGAUUGAGGUAUUUCUCAACUUGAGUGUAGCCAGAUGCAUAGAUUCCAUUGCAUCGAAAACCUCUGUGGAUCCCUCGAAAGUUGCUUGGUCAUAUACCUAUAAUCGGAAAUCAGCAGCUUCAGAAAAGAUAAUUGAGAAUGCCAUGAAGUUUCCUAAGAAAUUGGAAUCCGUUCCAAAGGAUUGGUUGAUUGAAGAUAUAUGUGAAUUAGACAUUGAUCUGUACAUGCGGGUUAUGAAUACCGUGAAAUCUAAAGGUAGAAUGGAUGGAAGUGUUAUUGGAGAAGCACUGAAGACUUAUGCAGUCAGUUGGCUGCCAGAUUCCAUUGAAUCUCUGGCAUCUGAAGCUUACAGAAAGGGUAACAAAUCUUUGGUCGAAACUAUAAUUUGCCUAUUGCCUUAG